AAUUUCCAAUUCUCUCGCUCUCUGAUAUCUCCCGCCAACAAUCGAAAUGAGAAUCGCCGAGAUCACAACGCCGGACCUCCGAUUACAUCACCGGGAAACCGAAUCUCACACUCACCAUCCUCUUCUCUCCGAGAUCGAGCUUUUGAUUCAACAAUCUGAAGCCAUUUCCAAAAAUCAGCCGCUACCUCAAUCUCUCCCUAUUUCUCUAAGACAAUCCCUAACUCGGCUGAGUCAACUCGCUCCUUUUCCCGAUAACACCUUCAAGCUCACUAUAUGGAAGCUCAGCUUUCGUCUCUGGAACGCUUGUGUUGAUCUCUCUAACGCCGCCUCUCUACAAUCCUCUUCAACCUCCGCUGAGAGCAUCGCGAAUCUCAGACAUGUUGCCGCCGAUAUGCUAUUUCUCGCUAAGGAUGUUACCGGAGUUCCAUCUCCGACGAUUAAGUCUUCUCUCUUCUACUAUCGGACUGGUCUCGUUUAUCACAGUCUCAAGAAAUUCGAUCUCGCCUCCGAUUGCUUUGAGAGAGCAACCGAAAUCGUUUCGAAAAUUGAUAUCGCAAAAAUUUCCGAUGCCGGAGAAAAGAAACUGUUUCUGGAUCUAAACCUAGCUAGAUCUCGAACUGCCUGGGAAAUUUCUGAUAGGAAUUUAGCUGUGACGUUGCUCAAUCGAGCGAAGAAUAUGUUGUUUGGUUCACCGGAUCAUUACAAAUCGCUCUCAAAUCAAUUCCUUGCGUUUGGUAAAAGCUCUUUGUCUAGAGAUGACGAUGAUUGCAGCCUAAAUGAUGCUCUUAGGCUAAUGAAUGAAGCAUUGGAUCUAUGUGAGAAGGGAUUAGGUACAGCAAAAACUCGGGAAGAUACUAUGGAGUUCACGGCCAUGAGAAUCAAAACUCUGCGUUUCAUAUCAGCAGUGCAUUUGCAGAAGGGAGAGUACGAAAAUGUGAUUAAAUGUGUGAAAGUUCUUAGGAAUGGAGGAAAUGGUAGUGAUGGAGCUGAUCAACAUGCUUCAUUACCUGUGUUGGCGAUGAAGGCUUGGUUAGGGCUUGGGAGACAUAGUGAGGCAGAGAAGGAGCUGAGAGGUAUGGUGGGAAACAAUGACAUUCCAGAGGCAGUGUGGGUAUCUGCUGUGGAAGCAUAUUUUGAGGUGGUGGGAACUGCUGGAGCAGAAACUGCAAAGGGUGUGUUCUUAGGUUUGCUGGGAAGGUGUCAUGUUAGUGCAAAGGCGGCGCUUAGAGUGGCUCAUCGGGUGCUUGGUGAGAGUAGGGGAGGUGAUAAUGGUUCGAGAAUUAGGGCAAAUGUUGUGGCUCAGCUCGUAUCAGACGAGAGAGUUGUUGCUCUCUUUGCUGGUGAAGCAGUGACCAAGGAGAGGAAGGCAAUACAUUCUGUUCUCUGGAACAGUGCUUCAGAUCAUUUCCGUGCUAAAGAUUAUGAGACAAGCGCAGAGAUGUUUGAGAAAUCAAUGCUCUAUAUUCCACAUGAUAUAGAAAAUAGAGUUUUCAGGGCCAAAGGCUUCAGGGUUUUGUGUCUUUGCUACCUCGGGCUCUCUCAGCUGGAUCGAGCUCUUGAAUACAUAGAAGAAGCUGAAAAGCUUGAGCCCAAUAUUGCUUGCUCUUUUCUUAAGUUCAAGAUCUACCUGCAAAAGAAGGAUCACAGUUGUGCCAUUGGUCAGAUUGAUGCAAUGACGUCCUGCCUUGAUUUUUCUCCAGAUUAUCUGUCCCUUUCAGCGCAUGAAGCUAUCUCUUGCCAAGCGCUUCCAGUUGCUGUUGCUUCUCUUUCCAAGUUUCUCGGUUUCUAUAUAUCAGGAAAAACCAUGCCAACCACAGAGGUUGUGGUCUUUCGUACCUUAGUCACGAUAUUGACUCAAGACAUUGGCAGUGAAACCGAAGCUCUCGAUUUUAUGUUGCAAGCUCAGAGCAGGGCAGCUAAGCUUGGGACAGAGUGUUUCUUUGGAUCAGGAGAAACUGGAAAGCGAGAACAGAACUGGUUUGCUGUGACUUGUUGGAAUCUUGGGUCAAGGUGUGGGAACGCAAAGAAAUAUGAGCUCUGUGGUGAAUUCUUGAGGCUGGCAUCGGAAUUUUACAGCUAUAUGGAUACUGAUGAGUCUGGAGAAAACAAAAUGAUGAUUUGCAGGUCCAUAAUACUAAGUGUCACCGCCAUGAUUGCUUUGGAGAAGCAAAACAAGAGCGCAAUGACUGAAAGCCAAGUGAAAGUUGCUGCAGAAUUGCUCGUGAGAGCAGGAAAGAUUAUGUCUUCUUCGCUCUCGGAUGGAAAAGAUUGUAUCAUGGAGCCAGAACUCAUCUUCAUGUACACCUUAGUUGCCUAUGACAUACACGGAAGGCUCAACAACUCAGCAUUCCAGUUACUUGUGGUGAAGACGUUUGCUGGUUCCAAGUCUUGUCAUUACAAUUAUCUUCUCCAACUUGGAAUUUUCGCCUCUCAAAGCCCUCAGUCCAACCCGGACGUGUCAACAUUUGCUCUUAACGAAUGCCUAUCUGCACUGAUCGCAUCCGCAUCACCAGAUUACCCAACCAUAGCUCUCAUAAUCAGGAAGCUGAUCUCCAUAUCCAGCGUCCACAAAGGCGAUACAGAGGAUGAAGAAGCAAUCCAAAAGAUGUACAAACAGGCAUACAGAAUCAUGGUUGGGUUAAAGGAAGGGGAAUACCCGACUGAAGAAGGGAAAUGGCUCGCAAUGACAGCUUGGAACCGAGCAGCAUUGCCCGUGAGGCUAGGACAGUUAGAGACCGCUAAAAAAUGGCUGAGCAUCGGUUUGGAAAUCGCUGAGAAGGUUACAGCUGUAGAUCUAUUGCAAACUGAAGGAGUAGAAGCGAUUAUUGGCGGGAAUUCGUUGUUGGAAGCAAAGCUUUUAGGGGAACUUGGAGAGAAAGCUAGGGUUCCUAUGAUUUCACUUGACUCUCCUAUUUCAUGUUCAUUGAGUAAAUACAGUCACUUGAUCCAAGCCACACAUGAUUCUGCCUCAGAGGCUAAGGGGAUUACAUCUUUUAUUAAUGGGUUUGAUUGGAACAGUGUUGCUCUUGUUUAUGAAGAUCAUGAUGAUUGGAAAGAGACUAUGCAACUCCUUGUGGACCAUUUCCAUGAGAACAAUAUUCGUAUAAAGUCCAAGAUUGGUUUUACUGUCUCUUCGAGUGAGAAUUCUAUGAUGGAUCGGUUACGGAAGCUUAACGCCUUGGGAACAACUGUCUUUGUUGUUCACUUGUCGAAAGUUAUGGCAACUUAUCUCUUCCCAUGUGCUGAGAAAUUAGGGAUGAUGGGUGAAGGGUUUGCUUGGAUUCUCACUACCAAAAGCAUGAACAGUUUUCUUGAGUCCAUUGAUGAUUUCGCAAAGGAGGCAAUGGAAGGUGUGGUUGGUUUCAAAUCUUACAUUCCAAUGUCAAAAGAGCUUCACAAUUUCACUUUGAGGUGGAGAAAAUCACUGCAUGUUGAAGAAGUUAUUGGGACUGAGAUUACUCGGUUGAGCAUCUCUGGUAUUUGGGCUCACGAUAUCGCUUGGGCUCUGGCGAAUGCAGCGGAAGUUAUAAGGAUGCCAAAUGUAACAUCAACUCUCCUUGAGGCAAUCACGGAGAGUAAAUUUAAAGGUUUGAGUGGUGACUUCCAAUUAGAUGAUAGGAAGUUGUUAUCAGACAAGUUUGAGAUUGUAAAUAUGAUAGGAUCAGGUGAGAGAAGGAUAGGAUUCUGGAAUUUUAAUGGUAGUUUUAGCAAUAGAAGACAUUUAUCAUCUACUCAUAACAAUCUUGAGACCAUAAUCUGGCCUGGUGGCUCUACUCAAAGUCCAAAAGGGAGUAGUCUAAAACAGAGCGAUAGAAAAAAGCUGAGGGUUUUGGUUACGUCUAGCAAUAGAUUCCCAAGACUGGUGAAUGUAACAACUGACCCAGUAACACAUGAUAUAACAAAUGUCGAUGGGUUCUGUAUAGAAGUCUUCAAUGCUUCCAUUGCACCUUUUAACUAUGAAGUGGAGUACAUACGUUGGCGCAAUGGAAGUAACUACGACAAUCUUGCAUAUGCACUUAAUAGCCAGAAAGACAAAUAUGAUGCGGCAGUGGGAGAUAUUACUAUCACUUGGAAUAGAUCGACGUACGUUGAUUUCACGUUGCCAUUCACCGAAAUGGGUCUUGGAAUUGUAGCACUUAAGGAGAGAAGCAUUAUAGUUUGGUUGAUAGAAAGACAUGAGAACCCUGAGUUCCAGGGAUCUUGGUCCCAACAGAUUGGAGUUAUGCUUUGGUUUGGGUUCUCUACCCUUGUUUAUGCUCAUAGGGAGAGGCUAAAACACAACUUAUCAAGAUUUGUAGUUACAGUAUGGAUAUUUGCGGUGCUCAUAUUGGUUACAAGUUACACUGCAACAUUGACAUCAAUGAUGACGGUGCAACAGAUACGAUUUAACUCUAAUAAAAACUAUGUGGGUCACCUCUCCGGCUCCCAAAUCGCAAAAGCGGCCCUCGCCAAUUCCAGCAUGCAAACAAUGAGAUCAUUGGGUCUCAAUACUUCAGAAGAUUAUGCUGGAGCCUUGUUGAACAAAACUGUCUCACUUAUUGUUAGUGAGUUGCCAUAUCUCAAAGUCGUUUUUCGCGACUACCCUACAGAUUUUCUCUUGGUCAAGAAACAAUAUACAACCAAUGGUUUUGGCUUUAUGUUCCAGAAGGGCUCCGAGUUGGUGCAUAAUGUUUCUAGGGAGAUCUCGCAGCUAAGGACGAGCGAGAGACUAAACGAGAUGGAGAGAAAAUGGUUUGAUAAACCGUCCCCAUUCCCAACGGAUGAUACAUCAAAUCCUAUAACCCUUGAUAGAUUCCGCGGUUUGUUUAUGAUCACUGGAGUUUCAUUCGUUUUCGCUCUUGCAGUACUUUUCAUUCUCUGGCUCCGAGAAAAAUGGGAAAUUCUUGUGAAUUCGGUCAAUAUAUUCCUCUCACGACGACUUAGACAUUUCAGGAUCCUCUUCACAAGAACUAUCCAUCCUAGUCCCCUCGAUAACACUGUUGGCGAGAAUGCUAUUCAAAUGGCUCAACAACAACCUUGCCGUUCUUCCUCCAAUGGUCCACUAGUUCUUGAUCCAAACUGGCUUGGGAUUGAAAGGAAGAUAGUGAGAAGCUCUGUUUCCAUGGCGCUUUCCGAUUUCUAUGCUAUUAACAAUGACUACAAAACAAGAGUCUCUCUUUUAGUCAGAGAUUCUCAUGGAGAGCCUCUCCUUGGUCUUGCUUCUGUUGUAGAUUUGCUGAAAACAGAAGGAGUGGAAGCGAUAAUUGGUGGGAACUCGUUGCUAGAAGCGAAGCUUUUGGCGGAACUUGGAGAGAAAGCUAGGGUUCCUGUGAUUUCACUUAACUCUCCCAUGUCAUUGUCAUUGAGUAGAUACAGUUACUUGAUCCAAGCCACACAUGACUCUGCCUCUGAGGUUAAGGGAAUUACAGCUUUCCUCCAUGGCUUUGAUUGGAACAGUGUUGCUCUUGUUUAUGAAAAUGACGAAGACUGGAGAGAGAGUAUGCAUUUUAUGGUAGACCAUUUCCAUGAGAACAACGUUCAUGUACAGUCCAAGGUUGGUUUUAGUGUCUCUUCGAGUGAGGAUUCUUUGAUGGAUCGGGUACGGAAGCUUAAGGACUUGGGAACAACAGUCUUUGUUGUUCAUUUGUCUGAAGUUAUUGCAACUCGUCUCUUCCCAUGUGCUGAGAAAUUAGGGUUGAUGGGUGAAGGGUUUUCUUGGAUUCUAACUGCCAAAAGCAUGAGCAGUUUACAUGAGUCCGUCGAUGAUUUUGCAAAGGAGGCAAUGGAAGGUGUGGUUGGUUUCAAGUCUUAUAUACCAAUGUCGAAAGAGCUUCACAACUUCACUUUGAGAUGGCGGAAAUCGCUCCCUCUUGAAGAAGUUACUGGGAGUGAGAUUACUCGGUUGAGUAUCUCUGGCGUAUGGGCUCACGAUAUCGCUUGGGCUUUGGCGAGUGCAGCUGAAGUUACAAGGAUGCCAAAUGUAUCCUCAACUCUCCUUGAGGCCAUGAAAGAGAGAAGGUUUAAGGGUUUGAGUGGUGACUUUCAAUUGGAUGAUAUGAAGUUGUUAUCAGACAAGUUUGAGAUUGUGAAUAUGAUAGGAUCAGGUGAGAGAAGGGUAGGAUUCUGGAAUUCUAAUGGUAGUUUCAGCAAUAGAAGACAUUUAUCUUCUACUCAUGACAAGCUGGAGACCAUCAUUUGGCCCGGUGGGUCUGCUCAAAGUCCGAAAGGUAGUCGUCUAAGAGAGAGCGGUAGAAAAAAGCUGAGGGUUUUGGUUACAUCUAGCAAUAGAUUCCCAAGACUGAUGAAGGUAGAGACUGAUCCAGUAACAAAUGCUAUAACAAUUGUCGAAGGGUUCUGUAUAGAGGUCUUUGAGGCAUCCAUUGCACCUUUCAACUAUGAAGUGGAGUACAUACGUUGGCUCAAUGGAACUAACUACACCAAACUUGCAUAUGCACUUCAUAGCCAGAAAGACAAAUAUGAUGCGGCCGUGGGAGAUAUUACAAUCACUUCUGAUAGAUCGACGUAUGUCGAUUUUACGUUGCCAUACACCGAAAUGGGUCUUGGAAUUGUAGCAGCAAAGGAGAGAAGUAUGUGGGUGUUCUUCCAACCUCUAACACCAAACCUUUGGAUAACAAGUGCAGCAUUCUUUGUCUUGACGGGUAUUAUAGUUUGGUUGAUAGAAAGAGCUGAAAACAAAGAGUUCCAAGGAUCUUGGCCACAACAGAUUGGAGUUGUGCUUUGGUUUGGCUUCUCUACACUUGUUUAUGCUCACAGGGAGAAGCUAAAACACAACUUAUCAAGAUUUGUAGUUACAGUUUGGGUAUUUGCGGUGCUCAUAUUGGUUACAAGUUACACUGCAACAUUGACAUCAAUGAUGACGGUGCAACAAAUACGAUUUAACGCCAAUGAAGACUAUGUCGGUCACCUCUCCGGCUCCCUCAUCGCAAAUGCUGCCCUCACCAAUUCCAGCCUCCGAGCAAUGAGAUUAUUGGGUCUCAAUACUUCAGAAGAUUAUGCUCAAGCCUUGUUGAAUAAAAGUGUCUCAUAUAUUGUCAGUGAGUUGCCAUACCUCAAAAUCCUCCUUGGCGAGUAUCCUGGACAUUUUCUCAUGGUCAAGACACAAUCUACCACCAAUGGUUUUGGCUUUAUGUUUCAAAAGGGCUCGGAAUUGGUGCAUAAUGUUUCUCGGGAGAUCGCGAAGCUAAGGACGAGCGAGAGACUAAACGAGAUGGAGAGAAGAUGGUUUGAUAAACAACUCCCAUACACAACCGAUGAUACAUCAAAUCCUAUAACCCUAUAUAGAUUUCGCGGUUUGUUUAUGAUCACCGGAGUUUCAUUCGCUUUCGCUCUUGCAGUACUUCUCAUUCUCUGGCUCCGAGAAAAAUGGGAAAUUGUUGUGAGUUCAGUCAAUCUAUACCUCUCACAACAACUUAGGCAUUUCAGGAUCCUUUUUACAAGAACUAUCCAUCCUAGUCCCCUCGAUAACCCAAUUGGCGAGAAUGCGGUUCAAAUGGCUCAACAUUUCUACGCUAUUAACAAUGAUUACAAAACUAGAGUCUCUUUUUCAGUCAGAAACUCUCAUGGAGAGCCUCUUCUUGGUCUUGCUUCUGCUGUAGAUCUGCUGCAAACUGAAGGAGUGGAAGCGAUAAUUGGCGGGAAUUCGUUGUUUGAAGCGAAGCUUUUAGGGGAACUUGGAGAGAAAGCUAGGGUUCCUGUGAUUUCACUUAACUCUCCCAUGUCAUUGUCAUUGAGUAAAUACAGUUACUUGAUCCAAGCCACGCAUGAUUCUGCCUCUGAGGCUAAGGGGAUUACAUCUUUUAUUAAGGGGUUUGAUUGGAACAGUGUUGCUCUUGUUUAUGAAGAUGAUGAUGAUUGGAGAGAGAGUAUGCAAUUUCUGGUGGAUUAUUUUCAUGAGAAUGGUGUUCGUGUACAGUCCAAGGUUGGUUUUACUGUCUCUUCAAGUGAGGAUAUCGUGAUGGAUCGGUUACGGAAGCUUAAGGACUUGGGAACAACUGUCUUUGUUGUUCACUUGUCUGAAGUUAUUGCAACUCAUGUCUUCCAAUGUGCUGGGAGAUUAGGGUUGAUGGGUGAUGGGUUUGUUUGGAUCCUCACUACUAAAACCAUGAACAGCUUCCAUGAGAGCAUUGACGAUUUCUCAAAAGAGGCAAUGGAAGGUGUGGUUGGUUUCAAGUCUUACAUUCCAAUGUCUAAAGAGCUUCUAAAUUUCACUUUGAGAUGGAGAAAAUCAUUGCCUGUUGAAGAAGCGGAGAUAACUCGGUUGAGUAUCUCUGGCAUAUGGGCUCACGAUAUCGCUUGGGCUCUAGCGAGUGCAGCAGAAGUUACAAGGGUGCCAAAUGUAUCAUCAACUCUCCUUGAGGAAAUCACAAAGACUAGGUUUAAUGGUUUGAGUGGUGAUUUCCAAUUGGAUGAUAAGAAGUUGUUAUCAAACAUGUUUGAGAUUAUCAAUAUGAUAGGGUCAAGUGAGAGAAGAGUAGGAUUCUGGAAUUCUAAUGGUAGUUUCAGCAAUAGAAGACAAUUAUCUUCUACUCAUAACAAGCUUGAGACCAUAAUCUGGCCCGGUGGGUCUGCUCAAAGUCCGAAAGGGAGUAGUCUAAGAGAGAGCGAUAGAAAAAAGCUGAGGGUUUUGGUUACAUCUAGCAAUAGAUUUCCAAGACUGAUGAAAGUUGAGACUGAUCCAGUAACAAAUGAACUAAUUGUUGAAGGGUUCUGUAUAGAAGUCUUUCGAACUUCGAUUAGUCCUUUUAACUAUGAAGUUGAGUACAUACCUUGGCUUAAUGGAAGUAACUACGACAAUCUUGCAUAUGCACUUAGUAGCCAGAAAGACAAAUACGAUGCAGCUGUGGGAGAUAUUACAAUCACUUCCAAUAGAUCGAUGUAUGUUGAUUUUACGUUGCCAUUCACUGAAAUGGGUCUUGGAAUUGUAGCACUAAAGGAGAGAAGUAUGUGGGUGUUCUUCCAACCUUUAACACCAGACCUUUGGAUAACAAGUGCAGCUUUCUUCGUCUUGACCGGCAUUAUAGUUUGGUUGAUAGAAAGAGCUGAGAACAAAGAGUUCCAAGGAUCUUGGCCACAACAGAUUGGAGUUGUGCUUUGGUUUGGCUUCUCUACACUUGUUUAUGCUCACAGGGAGAGGCUAAAACACAACUUAUCAAGAUUUGUAGUUACAGUUUGGGUAUUUGCGGUGCUCAUAUUGACCGCUAGUUACACAGCAACAUUGACAUCAAUGAUGACGGUACAACAGAUACGAUUCAACUCAAAUGAAGACUACGUGGGUCACCUUUCGGGCUCCCUUAUCGCAAAUGUGGCUCUCACUAGUUCCAGCCUCCGAGCAAUGAGAUCACUAGGUCUCAAUAGUUCUGCAGAUUAUGCUCAAGCCUUGCUGAACAAGACUGUCUCGUUUGUUGUUGAUGAGUUACCAUACCUCAAAGUUCUCCUUGGUGAGAAUCCGACACUUUUUCUCAUGGUCAAGACACAAUCUACCACCAACGGUUUCGGCUUUAUGUUCCAAAAGGGCUUUGAGUUGGUUUCUAAUGUGUCCCGAGAAAUCUCAAAGCUAAGAACGAGCGAGAAGCUAAACGAGAUGGAGAAAAGAUGGCUUGAUAAACAACUUCCAUACACAACCGAUGAUACAUCAAAUCCUAUAACCCUUUACCGAUUCCGCGGUUUGUUUAUGAUAACCGGAGUUUCAUUCGCUUUUGCUCUUGCGGUACUUCUCAUUCUCUGGCUCCGCGACGAAUGGACAGUUCUUGUGAAUUCGGUUAAACUAUUCAUCUCGCGACAAAUUAUACAUUUCAGGAUCCACUUCGCAAGAAAUAUCCAUCCUAGUCCCCUUGAUGACCCCAUUGGCGAAAAUGCGGUUCAAAUGGCUCAACGUAACAGACAAUAGGAACAUAUUACAAUAGAUCAAAAGGUCCAUAACCAAUCUUUACUUGUAAAUGGCUUACAUAUAAAAGUAUAAAUGAUGUUUAGAGACCAAUCCUUGUAAAUUGUAGAUGUGAUCAAAUCAAACCCACCUUUAUAAUGUUGGUUAAUAUAUGAUUAGCGUCUCC